AGUUACUGAGGAAGAUGGUCGUUUCUAGUGAGAUGAGUUGUGUACAGUGUACGAUAGUGGGGGACAAGAAAGUUGGCAAAUCCACUAUUAGCAGGGGCCUAGGGGAAAGCGAGGCCAACUUAGAUAUGCAGAACAAUAAUUACGAGUCGACGAUUUUUGACAAUAUUGCAGGAACAACCAAUUUAGACGGAGAAGAUAUCACUAUUAACUUAUUUGAUUGUUCAAGUGAAGAAGAACAUUCUGCAAUCAGAGAAUUUGCAUACAAGGACAGCAAUGUUUUUAUUCUGUGUUAUAGUGUAAUAGACAGGACUUCACUUAUGAACAUAAGGGACAAAUGGAUUCCAGAAAUCAAGAAAUUCCUUGGCAAAAAAAUCAAACUUGUGGUGGUGGGAACACAGACGGACAUUCGUGACUCUGUGUGCCUAGAUCAGGACCCUCCCGUCAGUAAAACAGAGGGUGCUGAUUUUUCGCGCCAAAUUGGUGCAGACUAUUUCAUGGAAUGCAGCUCAGCCUUCCCGUCCAGUUUCACUGAAAUUUUCAAACACGUGGCUAAGAUCGGAAAAAAGACAAAACGAAGGCGAUCGCCUGUGAAUCUUGUGCGCAGACUACUGGGUACAAAUUAAACUGUUCUAUCAGAAUGUUACUUAUUUUCUAGUCAAAUUCCAUUCCUUGUGUGUUCAUUAUUUCUAUUUAUUACGUUUUCAAAUUGUUUAUAUCAAUGCGUCCAAUUUCAUUAAAAUGUUUAAAAUUAA